UCCCUCCAAGCCAAUUCACUAAAUCCCCAGUAUUGAUCUUGAUUUAAUUUGGCUAUUUCAGAGGUAGUUUCCUUCCUUUCCCAAUUCUAUUGUCUUCUUAGCUUCUCAACUGUUUGCUGUUAAAGUUGCGGUACAACAUCAAAACAUAGUUAUGCAAUGUAUUUAUUUUUUUGUAGCACGUGAGCGCUUGUUUUCUUCUUUUUUCAUUUUUGCUUUGGGAGGUGGCAUAGCUUGGCAUAGUUUGGGGUUUCAAACUCCUGUCUGGCAGCCGGAAGUUUUGUUGGAUAAUUUGUACCGUGCUCCAGGCCCUUUUCUCCAAACAGAUGUUGGUCACCUGCCACAAAGGAAGCUAAAAAAAAAUCAAAUAUUUCCAUUUAGCUGGGAAGGCCCAGCCUUUUUCAUAACCAACCUGAUUUCAACGGGAAUGUGUGAAUGCGGUAACCGAGCCUGAAUGUGAGGGCCUCUGUGGCUCAGACUGCUAAUGCAGUCUGUUAUUAACAGCAGCUGCCUGCAAUUACUGCAGGUUCUAGUCCCACCAGGCCCAAGGUUGACUCAGCCUUCCAUCCUUUAUAAGGUGCUGUUGACGGCCGCACGAAGUCUCGGAGCAGCGGGCUGACCCGCCGGAUGCCCGUCGCCGUGCGGCGGGCCUUGAACCAUGGGGCAAAAAGUGACAGGGGGUUUCAAAACGAUGGACAUGCGAGAUCCGGUGUGCCGGCCGCUGAAGCAGGAGCUCCAAGGGCUGGAUUACAACAAGCCGGCUCGGCUCGACCUACUGCUGGAUAUGCCGGCCGUCUCCUAUGACGUCCAGCUGCUCCAUUCGUGGAACAACGAUGACCGCUCGCUCAACGUCUUCGUGAAAGAGGACAACAAGUUGGCUUUUCAUCGGCAUCCGGUAGCCCAGAGUACCGACGCCAUCCGGGGCAAAGUCGGCUACACCCGCGGGCUCCACGUGUGGCAGAUCACCUGGGCCAUGAGGCAGCGGGGGACCCACGCCGUGGUGGGCGUGGCCACGGCCGAAGCCCCCUUGCACUCGGUGGGCUACACCACCCUCAUCGGGAACAACGUCGAAUCCUGGGGCUGGGAUUUGGGGCGCAACCGGCUCUACCACGACGGGAAAAACCAGGCCAGCAAGACUUAUCCGGCGUUUCUGGAGACGGACGAGACCUUUAUCGUUCCGGAUUCGUUCUUGGUGGUACUGGACAUGGACGACGGUACCCUCAGCUUCAUCGUGGACGGACAGUACAUGGGAGUGGCCUUUCGGGGGCUGAAAGGGAAGAAGCUGUACCCCGUGGUAAGCGCCGUGUGGGGCCACUGUGAAAUCCAGAUGCGAUACUUGAACGGCCUUGACCCCGAACCUUUACCGCUGAUGGACCUGUGCCGGCGUUCGGUGCGCCUCGCUUUGGGCAAGAACCGGCUGAGCGAGAUCUCGACGCUGCCUUUACCCAAAUCUCUCAAAAAUUACCUUCUUUACCAAUGACCCCUCUUGGAACACCGGAAGGACAGACUCCAGCUAGGAAUGAAUUGUAUUGGAUUUAUUAAGUCAAAAUCUUGGGGGAACAAGGUGGGGGUGUCGUCCUUCCUUGCGUCUUUUGAAAGACAUCUGGGCCACGCCGCAGGCGGAAAAGCUCCUUUUCCAAGAUCGCAUCUUCCCGCGGGAUUUUUUUCCAGGAAAGAUUCCAGUUUCUUGCGUCCACGUUUGAAUUUCCCGCUCGUCCGUCAACCGCGAAAAGGUGGGCCCGUCCUGUGGAGUUUUGUUGAGCAGGGGGGACGCCUCCGUGGGUUGCCGGUGUUGGGAGACGGCACGAGUGCAAGCAUCGUCCAAUGGGGCCCAACUUCUGGAUGCGGGAAAGGAAUGGAUUGGAUUGGAUUGGUUGGCCUUGAGGAAGAAGCCAGCCAUCGCUGGAAUACGUAUUUUUCCCCUGCCUUCACCACCGUGCCUUGGUGCCCACCAAAUCGCCCGGGCCUCACUGGUGCAUAACUCACCUCCCCGUCUUUUUUGCUGGAGAAAAUACUUGAAAUGAAAAAUUGGGGGGUGGUGGGUGGUGUAACGAUCAUUUGAGGGUUGGAGGGCUGGGAGGGGAGGGAUGCCCUAAUCCGGCCCCGUAGCAUGAAAGAAUUAAUUUUUCUUCAUUCGUCCUUUUGCCAUGGGAUGGAGGAAUGGGCACCACGCGGAUUACACCACCCCCUCACCUCCACGCAGCUGGCUAGGAAUUUGGGGUGCCAGAAACCUCAGACCUCCCAAUGGGGGAAGAGGGUCUUUCAAUUGUAGGCAAGAUGGUUAAGCUUAUUUGCGAUCGGAUUAAAAGCCCACUUAGUCAGGCUCAAAUUCAGUUGGCUGACCCCAGAAUCCAGUUCUUGAGUUGGUUGCCGGGAGGGGGGCGGGAACUCAAUCCUAAACCCCUUCUUCUACUUCCUGGGUGCUCCCCCCCCACAAAUGUGAUAAUCUAGACCAGGGGUCUCCAACCUUGUCAACUUUAAGACUUGUGGACUUCAACUCCCAGAAUUCUAAGAGUUGAAGUCCACAAGUCUUAAAGUUGCCAAGGUUGGAGACCCCUGAUCUAGACUAGCAAAGAUCCUUGAUCCAACCAGCAGGGAGAAGGAAAAAAAAACCCUUUAUUUUCUAUACUGCCUUCCAAGGGAUUUGAUUUGCACAUAUUUUAUUAACCUUAAAUGCAGGUAGGGAAAAGAAAAAAAAAUUGGUUUUUCUUUUUCUUUUUUUGUCCCUCCCACCCAAUCGAUCUAACCAGAUGUGUUAUUUUUGUUUGAUGUAUGUUGGUACAGAGGGCUUCUCUAUUCGGAGGGGGAAAUGUUAAUAUAUAGAUAUAUUGUGUGUACGUGUGUGUGUGUAUGUAUAUACAUUUUGCAUUGUUUUGAAUGUAAAAAACGCUGGAUUGAUUUUUGUUGUCGAUGUUUUUAAGUCAUGCUGCUGUAAAGAAAUCGUAGUUAGUUUGUUUUAAAUGAAGAAGAGAUAAAUAGGUUGGCAGGUUUUUUUGUUUUGUUUUAUGUUAUUUUUUUUGUUUUAAGCACACAACUUGGUGCCAAAGUUACUUUUUUGGGGGAGGCGAUCUUUGUGCUUGUCUCUUAUUAUUAUUAUUAUUAUUUUUUUAAAUGGAAGAAUAAAACCAAAACUCUUUUCGAGCGGAACACUUUAAAAAUUGCACAUAAAAGGAUUUUAAUGUGUGCAGAGCCAAGCGUUUUUAAAUUGUCUUUCGUCCCCGUUUCCCACUCACACCAAAAUUCAGGCACGUAGGUGGUGUCUUUCCUUUUUUGCUUUAUUAUCUUGAAUAUUUCAUUUCCCCUUCCUUCCUCCCUUCCUUCCUUCGGUGCACAUCGUUGGUGUGUCUGGCUUGUACAAUUUUUUUUUAAAACCUCUCACUGGUUUCCCCCCCCCCCUUUCCUUUUGUGGAUUGUAGAUGAUUAGGACCCCGUUGAAAGCAAAAGAGAACGAAAAUAAAAAAAAAAU